AUGGAGGGUAUUAAACUAGAUUUGACGAUUUUAGAAUCGCGUAUGCUUGCCGCAGUGUCUGAAAACGAGCAUGAGUCGGAUAUUAUCUCGCUAAGAGUAAAACUAGUAGAUAUGGAAGCCGUUGUACAUAAUCAAGACGAAAUUAUUUCCCGACUUAGCGAAGAAAAUCUAUCCUUUAGGUCAAGGUUAUUGAACCUUGAAAAAUUAGUGCAUUUCAUGUCCCAAGAGUAUCGGAACAAAAGCAGUGGAGCGAUUAACCUAUCUAAUAUUUCAAAAGAACCCUCAACGCGUAACCGCAAGCAAUCUAUUAAUUUGAAUAAAAACAGUUUCAGUUCACCUCGAAAUAUCGAUAACAAUCUACCUCACGAUAACCAACAAUAUGUUAGUCCGUCCGUAAGUAAUAUUGAUUUUACGACAGACGUGCCCCAGCCUAAUUCUCAAACUAAACAGAAAGUAGAUCUUACGGCAGACGAUCGUAUGGCAGACGAGUCCCAGCCUAAUCCCCUAAUUAAACAGAAAGCAGAUCUUACGGCAGACGAGCCUCUGCCAAACCCUUUAAUCGCCCAGAAUUAA